CCUUAUUCCUGGGCCAGGGACCCGCCGCCAUUUUGCGUCCCUCCCAUCCGCUCCGUGCGUAUCUGUGUGUCCGGGCCCCCCGGACUCCCCUCAGGCUACCAUCAUGACUGCUGAAGAAACAGUGAAUGUAAAAGAAGUUGAAAUAAUUAAACUAAUCUUAGAUUUCCUGAACUCGAAGAAACUUCAUAUCAGUAUGCUGGCUCUUGAGAAAGAAAGUGGAGUCAUUAAUGGCCUGUUCUCAGAUGACAUGCUUUUUCUGAGACAGUUGAUCCUUGAUGGACAGUGGGAUGAGGUUCUUCAGUUCAUUCAGCCUCUUGAGUGUAUGGAAAAAUUUGACAAGAAAAGGUUUCGCUAUAUUAUACUGAAACAGAAAUUUUUAGAAGCCUUAUGUGUGAACAAUGCAAUGUCAGCAGAAGAUGAGCCUCAGCACCUGGAGUUUACAAUGCAAGAAGCUGUACAGUGCCUACAUGCCCUGGAAGAAUAUUGUCCUUCUAAAGAAGACUAUAGUAAACUGUGUUUGUUACUUACAUUGCCCCGUCUGACCAACCAUGCAGAAUUCAAAGACUGGAACCCUAGUACUGCACGAGUUCACUGCUUCGAAGAAGCUUGCAUCAUGGUUGCAGAGUUUAUUCCUGCCGACAGGAAACUGAGUGAGGCUGGUUUCAAAGCAAGUAAUAAUCGUUUAUUUCAGCUCGUAAUGAAGGGAUUGCUUUAUGAAUGUUGUGUGGAAUUCUGUCAGAGUAAAGCAACAGGAGAAGAAAUUACAGAGAGUGAAGUAUUGCUUGGCAUUGAUCUUUUGUGUGGUAAUGGGUGUGAUGACUUGGACCUGAGUUUAUUGUCAUGGCUUCAGAAUCUGCCAGCUUCUGUUUUCUCUUGUGCUUUUGAACAAAAGAUGCUUAAUAUUCAUGUUGAUAAACUCUUGAAGCCCACAAAAGCUGCAUAUGCUGAUCUUUUGACACCUCUUAUCAGCAAACUUUCUCCUUACCCAUCAUCCCCAAUGAGGCGGCCUCAGUCAGCUGAUGCUUACAUGACUCGUUCCUUAAACCCUGCCUUAGAUGGGCUGUCAUGUGGAUUAACGAAUCAUGAUAAGCGAGUCACAGACCUUGGAAAUAAAACCUCUCCAAUGUCACACUCCUUUGCCAAUUUCCAUUACCCAGGAGUGCAGAAUCUUAGCAGAAGUCUCAUGCUUGAAAAUACAGAUUGCCAUAGCAUUUAUGAAGAGUCACCUGAGCGAAGUGAUACUCCUGUGGAGCCGCAGCAUUCCAUUGGCAGUGAGACCAUAUGCCAGAGUUCAGUUCCAGAAAAUGAGCCAGUAAAUGGAGCACAGAAUCAAGGACCAGCCAAACCAGAAAAAAAUGAGCUUCGUGAUUCAACAGAGCAGUUUCAAGAAUAUUAUAGACAAAGAUUACGUUACCAACAGCAUUUAGAACAGAAAGAGCAACAACGACAACUGUAUCAGCAAAUGUUGCUUGAAGGAGGAGUAAACCAGGAAGAUGGGACAGACCAGCAACAGAAUCUUACUGAACAGUUUCUUAACAGGUCUAUUCAAAAGUUGGGAGAGUUAAACAUAGGUAUAGACACUCUUGAAAAUGAUGUGCAGACGCUCAGCCAGCAAUGUAAUGGGAGCAAAGAGCAUGCAUCUAACACGCCAGCAACUAGCUUCGUAUCACCACCUCCAGAUGUUAGUCAGAGAAUAGGUACUGAUAACCAAAAUGUUAAUACGAGCACUCCUCAAAAGCGUGGAUCAACAAAUCAGAUACCCUUUCUUGAAGAAUCGCCUGUCCAUGGGAGUAAAACUAUGCCAGAACACACUAUCAUUCAGCCACAACUUGAAGAUUCUUCAGGGAAUCUAACUAGGACAAGAGGUGAUGAGGAUGAUAAAUCAAAAAAGCAAUUCAUUUGUAUUAAUACUCUAGAAGAUACACAAGCUGUCAGAGCUGUGGCUUUUCAUCCGAGUGGGAGUUUGUAUGCUGUUGGCUCAAAUUCUAAAACUUUGAGGGUGUGUGCCUAUCCAGAAGUAAUUAACCCAAGUGCUUAUAACGCUCCUAAACAACCAGAUAUUCGUUUCAAAAGGAACAAACAUCACAAAGGGUCAAUCUACUGUGUGGCAUGGAGUCCUUGUGGACAGUUGUUGGCUACUGGUUCUAAUGAUAAAUAUGUUAAAGUACUACCUUUUAAUGCAGAAACUUGUAAUGCAACAGGACCAGACUUGGAGUUCAGUAUGCAUGAUGGGACAAUUAGAGAUCUUGCUUUUAUGGAAGGCCCAGAAAGUGGUGGCGCUAUUUUAAUUAGCGCUGGAGCAGGAGACUGUAAUAUUUACACAACAGACUGCCAGCGAGGUCAAGGCCUGCAUGCUCUGAGUGGCCAUACUGGUCAUAUUUUAGCACUUUAUACAUGGAGUGGGUGGAUGAUUGCAUCUGGUUCCCAAGACAAGACUGUAAGAUUCUGGGAUCUUAGAGUACCGAGUUGUGUUCGUGUAGUUGGAACAACAUUUCAUGGAACUGGUAGUGCUGUGGCAUCUGUUGCAGUUGAUCCUAGUGGUCGCCUACUAGCUACAGGGCAAGAAGACUCCAGUUGCAUGUUGUAUGAUAUUCGAGGCGGACGAAUGGUACAGAGCUAUCAUCCUCAUUCCAGUGAUGUUCGUUCUGUUCGCUUCUCUCCUGGGGCUCACUACUUGCUCACAGGAUCUUAUGAUAUGAAAAUAAAGGUGACAGACUUGCAAGGGGACCUUACUAAGCAACUUCCUAUUAUGGUGGUAGGGGAACAUAAGGACAAAGUGAUUCAGUGUAGGUGGCAUACGCAAGAUCUAUCCUUCUUGUCAUCUUCUGCAGACAGAACUGUAACACUUUGGACCUACAAUGGUUAGAGUGCAACUAAGGCAACGUAUGCAGAUAAAGCACAGAGAAAUAAGACUACUGGACUGUAAAAAUAAUAAUUUAGGGAUUCAAAGAGCAGCAUCUGACCAGGAGAGUGUCUUAGCAAGAAGAGGCACUUGUCACAGA